AUGCAGAUAGAGUCACAUCUAGUGAUUGUUAUCAGGGACCCCCAAAUCCUGCAGAGAACAUCCGCUGGCAAGGUACAGUACAGAAUACUGUAUUGUCAUUGUUCCAUUGUGUUGCAUAAUGAAAAUCUACAUUCAUUGUACUGUAUUUUUAUACUGUUUUACAGAUGUCUGAGCGCAAAGAGGAGCAGGCUAAGGGCAAGCGCCAGAGUAUUCCUCUGGAUGUAAAGAUCCAAGUACUGGACCGUCUGGAUAAAGGAGAGCGCCAGGUGGAUAUCGGGGCAGAUCUCCAUUUGCCUACCUCCACUAUCCGCGGUAUCCUCAAAAACAAGGAUAAGAUCCGCACUUCAGCGACGACCAGUAUUGCUUCUUCAGCCAAGAAGAUCACCCACUCCAGGUCCUACGCUCUUGAGGAGAAGGAGAAGAGGCUUUCCAUAUGGAUAGAUGAUGAGCUGGAGCGUAACAUGCCUCUCAGCCAGGCCAUCUUGAUGGAGAAGGCGAAGAGCAUUUACGCUCACGUACAGAGUCAAGAUCCAGAUGUGAUGGAGAGUUUUGCAGCAAGUAGAGGUUGGUUUGACCGCUUUAAGAAAAGGUACAACCUCUACAACCUUAAGAUCACCGGUGAAGCGGCAAGUGCGGACACUGGAGCUUCUGCAGCUUUUCCAGCCUCAGGACGUGGUGGAUAG